AUGAUCAUGCCAAGAUUAUCUGCAAAGAGAAGCAUUUAUAAUAACAAAAUGAAGCACAAAUUGCAGACCAAGAGCGAGAAGAGCAAUUAUUUGUGGCUACCUGUUAUGCAAGCAAAAGUUCAAGGAAAAGGUUUUUCCUUGAAUCCAUUGGUGGACGAACAAAUAGCUUUUACAGGUCAGUCUUCCAUUGCGGAAAUGUGGAACAAAAGGUUGGGGCAUUUUCAUCACAAAGCUUUGUUGUUUAUGCAAAGAAGCAAAAUGGUCAAAAGAGGAAAUCUUGAUGAGAAGACUGAACCGGGGGUUUUCAUUGGCUACAAUUCGAUGUCUAAAGCUUAUAAGAUCUUUCAACCUCAAUCAGGCAAGAUUGUGGAAGAAAUUUAUGUUGAGCAGCCAGAAAGGUUUAGUGUACCAAGACAUGAAGAUAUGGUUUAUCUAUUAAAUAAAGCUUUAUACGGGCUAAAGAAAGCUCCUAGAUCUUGGUAUAGCCGAAUGGAUAACCAUUUGCUAGACUUAGGCUUUGAAAAAAGCUUAAGUGAAUCAACUCUUUAUGUCAAGAAAGUUGGAUCUAACAUUAUUAUUAUUUCUCCGUAUGUCGAUGAUUUACUUAUGACAGAAAAUAAUAUAACUUUGAUUGAAGAAUUCAAGGAGGAGAUGAUGAGAUUCUUUGAGAUGACUGAUCUUGGUGAGAUGACUUAUUUUCUGGGAAUGGAGAUCAAGCAAACUCAAAAUAAAGUUUUUAUUUGUCAAAAGAAAUACAUGAAGGAGAUUCUUAAAAGAUUUAGGAUGGAAGAAUGCAAGAGUGUGAAUACUCUGAUGAAUAAAAAAGAAAAACUGAAAAAGGAUGAUGGAGCUAAGCUAGUUGAUGAAGGAGCAUAUCGAAGCUUAAUUGGAUGCUUGAUGUAUUUCACGACAACAAGGCCUGACAUUUUAUUUCCUGAAAUAGUAGCACAGUCAACAGCUGAAGCAAAAUUCAUAGCAGCAGCAGCUACUGUUAAUCAAGCAAUAUGGCUCAGGAAAAUUUUGAUUGAUCUGCAGCUGGAGCAAGAAGAAAGCACUGUGAUCUUUGUGGAUAAUCAAGCUUCCAUAGCCAUAUCCAAAGAUCCCAUGUUUCAUGGAAGGACCAAGCACUUCAACAUCAAGUUUUAUUUUUUGAGGGAAGUGCAGAAGAACGGUGAACUGGUUUUACUCUAUUGCAAAUUAGAUAAUCAAGUAGGGGACAUUUUUACCAAGUCAUUUCAUGUUAGCAGGUUUGAGUUUCUUAGAGAAAAGUUGGGAAUUUGA